CCUUCGAUUCCUUUGGCGAACUGACGUCCGACAAUUAGAGUACCUGCAAUGCAGUGCCAUUUCUGUGUAAACAGAUCUAUUUUGGGACGAAACUCAGUCCCUCACAAACUUUGGUCGAUUCCGAGAGAACAUCUCAUCUCAUUUAGCCAAUUGUACAUGUGUUUCGCAUAGUCGCACACCACAUGAUCUUUUGUACUUUGUGCCUAUAUCAAGCGGGCUUGACUUGGGACAUCCAGUGACGCAGCAAAAAGUAGCGACGGUACAGCCAGAAGUAGCAACAACUCACAAAACUGGAUCCUUGUCUGACUGGUUACUCUGGACCAGCAUCUGAGGAUAUUUUGGCACCAUGGCUGAUAAUCAUUCGCUCAGAUUGAAAAAAGAAGUGAAAAGCUAUCUCCAGGAAACAUUUACUGCCCGUUUCCACUGUGAGGUGCCACAGCCAGAUGAAUAUCAUCAAGUGCCACCUACCAAGAAACGGAAAAAGAAAGUCAGAACAGAUGAAGUUUCGGAGCUGAAGAGAUUCAAGCUGUUAUUGAGUGUCUUGACAACACCGCCACUUUACACAACGCUCCGAAUCAACCCUUUGAUAUAUUCCAAAGAACAAAUCAAAAUGAGGGUCGAGGUGCAGCUUCAUAAGAUGUACAAAAACAGAGUCCUUGAUCCCCCUGAGGUUGUAUACCAUCCAAGAAUACCAGAUUUACUGAUCAUGAAGAACAGAGGGCCAAUAACCUCACUUCCUAGGUAUCCAAAGGAAGUUGUAGUAGAUCUCAUGUGUGGUAUGGCCGUCCUCAGAGGUGCAGAUAUCUAUGCCCAGGGCAUAAUGGCUGCAUCCGCAACAAUGAAUGAAAAUGAUAUGGUUUCGGUGUUUGCUGAUAUUGACGGUCAGUGCAGAAAGGGGCUAAUGACGCAGUUUCAGGGGAGAAAGCUCUUCGUUGGAAAUGGGAAGGCUAUGCUGAGCAGGAAAAAACUAUUUCAUGGACGAGAUGUCCAGGUUAGUGGUCUGGCUAUCCGAAUGACCUGCGCUCUCUACGAUGCACCGAGCUUGUCUGAGUUCAUGACAGGGGAUGUGUUCCCUCAAAAUCUACCAUCGGUAGUCUGCACCCAUGUCCUCGACCCACAGCCUGGCGAGACCAUCUUGGACAUGUGCGCUGCCCCGGGAGGCAAGACGACACAUAUUGCCACUCUCAUGCAAAACAAGGGUAGAGUAGUUGCGAUAGACCGAUCUGAUGAGAAGGUCGAGAAGAUCAAAAGAAAUGCCAGCUUCUGGAAUCUUCGCAUCAUUGACACUUACAAGUUUGACAGCACAACUUUAUAUAGAAAAGAUGCAGUACUUGGUCCUGCCCCUCCAUACCCACAGAACACCUUCGACAGAAUUCUACUCGAUGGCCCGUGCAGCGCACUCGGCCAACGGCCCUGUUUGGCCAACUACAUGAAACUGAGUGAAGUGAAAUCCUUCCCAGUCUUACAGAGAAAGCUAUUCCGAAAUGCUGUUGAACUACUCCGUGAAGGUGGUACCCUCGUGUACAGUACGUGUACGAUACCUAUGCAGGAGAAUGAAUGCCUUGUGCAGUGGGCUCUGGAGGAAUUUCCAAAUCUACAACUAUCUGAACAGGUUCCACACGUUGGCGCUCAGGGUUACCCUGGCAGCCGCCUCGAUGAGGAUAAUCUACCAUAUUUACAGCGCUUUGAUCCAUCUGUCGACGUUGACCCAGAUACCAUGCAUGGGCUUCGACCAGAGCCAGCAAAAAAUCCUGCCUACAUGGGCGGUGGUGCUGCAGCUGCCGCUAAAUACGAGCAAUCACAGGACGACGGAGCGUCGUGGGCGACUGCCGAUGUAACAGAGCAAGUCGCCCCCAGUGGCGAGUGUACCUGCCAAUCUGUGUUAGUCGACACUGGCUGUCCACAACAUUCUGUCAACCUUUACACAAAUUUCAGUGCAGAUUCGGGAACAGCAAAACCCGAUGAAGAAAUGAAGACAGAUUCAACAAGUGGUGAAAUUGACUUGAGAAAUUGUGAGACAGACACCAUAGGAUUUUUCAUUGCCAAGUUUAUCAAAACGUGGUGGCAAUGAGUCUCGACUGUUUGAACUGAAGAUUAACCCUAUAUUGUCAGAAGCCUUACUAUUUCAAAGUGUCUGUUAGUGUUAAGAAUGAUAGAGUGGAAUGUAUAUCCUGUGGGAAUUAAUUACAUUGAGAUCAUAUCAGAUAUACUAAAGUAAGGUUGUCAUUGUUAAUGCUAAUUUUAGCCUUCUGAUAAGAGAACAUUUCAGCUCCUACUUUCAGAUAAUAUGAAAGAAAGACAAUUCC